UGAGUAACACUUGUAAGAAAAUCUAAAAUAUAAUUUUAUUGUGAAAUGAAUUGUGAAAAUUUUGACAUCACGGUUUUGAUUGUGGAUCAUGAUGCUGUUUCUUUGGCUUUAAUUGCCAAUUUACUCAUGGCAUGGAAAUCCAAAGUUCAAACGGCUAAAGAUGCUGAUCAAGCUUUGACAAUUCUCCAAGGAUCUAAAGGCUUAUUUGAUAUCAUAAUUUCAGAGUUCAACUUAAUAGGAAUAAAUGGCUUUGAUUUUCUAAAGCUAAUUCAAAAUGAAUUUCAUAUACCCGUAAUAAUGAUGUCCGAAGACAAGGAAGAAAAUGUAAUCUUCAAUAUUUUAAAGAAUGGAGCAACACAUUUCAUUGCAAAACCUUUUUGUGAUGAAGACUUCAAAAACAUUUGGAAAUAUGUCAUGGAAGCAAAAGAAGAAAAACAAUUCUUUGAAAGCCUAUUUUCAACAAGUGAAGAACAAAAGAGUAAAAAUAACCAAUCCAAGAGAAAGAUAAAUAACAAAGAUCAAGUAGAAGGAGAAGGAGAUUUUCAAGUUGCUAAGAAAACAAAGCUUGUUUGGACUCCUGAACUUCAUAAUCUAUUUAUGUUUGCAAUUAAGCAAAUUGGAUUGGAAAAGGUUGUUCCAAAGAAAAUUCUGAAGAUCAUGAAUGUACCAAAUUUAACCAGGGAAAAUGUAGCUAGCCACUUACAGAAAUAUCGCAAGUUUCUUCGUGAUAUUGAUGAGAAAGGAAUGACAGGAGGAAUAUCACAAAGAGUGUUAAGGUCUACAUUUGCAUCAAGUCUUCCCAUGCCAUUAAUAAAAACUAUGCAAGAAAAAAGAACAAACAAAUUUCACACUCCAACUUUUGAAUAUUCGCAAAGAUUAUCAUGUCCAACCAAAAAUCAAAACAAUGAAUUUAAUUUUUUCAAUAGAUUUUAUCCGGAAAAAGACCUAUUAUAUGAUGGUAGCUCUAGUUCUAUUAGCUUUUCCUCAUAUGGAGAGGGACAAGGAUGGAUGAGUUCUCCUACAACUUCUUCUUCAAGUUUCUUAACAAGAGACUUGAACUUCAAUGACAUGAAUCUUGUUAAUAAGUUAUCGAAAGGUGGUGAUGAAAUUGAAAUCGCUCCUCAAACUGAAAACAUGUCAAUAAAUUCUAACGAAAGUUCUAAAAAGUUGCAAGGAAAUAAUGGAUUUUCAAAGGAAGGAUCUUCUAAAGAAAGUACCUCUACUAAUGAUCUGGAAUUUGAUAUGGAUGUUAUUGAAGCCUUGUUUGGUACUAUAGAAGACUAGGGAAAUUGAGAAACUUGUUGUCUAUGAUAGUUUUAUUUUAUGUAAUGUAACAUAGAUUAUUGUGACAUAAAUACCAUUAGAAUUAAAUUUUUUACAUAUGUAAUAAAUAGUUUGGAUUGCUCGUUUUAUGGUUGUUUUAGU